AUGUAUAAUCAAAAUGGGAAUCAGAAGGAUUCAGUGAUACAGGUGUUCAGGCCGCCAAAUUUCAUAGGAGGACUUGAAUUCUCGAACUUAACGUAUACAGUUGUAAAGAAGCUGAAGAUUGAUAGGAAAUGGCACAAGGAAGAUGUAGACUUGUUGCACGAUAUUACAGGGUAUGCACCAAAAGGUCGUGUCACGGCUGUCAUGGGUCCUAGUGGUGCAGGGAAAUCUACGUUCUUGGAUGGGCUAGCAGGGAGGAUUGCAAGUGGUAGUUUAAAGGGUAGGGUAUCGUUGGACGGUAUAGAAAUGAGUCCAAGUUUCAUUAAGAGAACAUCGGCUUAUAUAAUGCAAGAUGAUCGUCUAUUUCCGAUGCUAACGGUUUAUGAGACGUUACUGUAUGCUGCUGAUUUUCGGUUAGGGUCCAUAUCGAAAGCUGAGAAGCAGCAGCGAGUCGAGAAGUUGAUCGAGCAACUUGGUUUAUCAUCGGCUAGGAACACUUACAUAGGUGAUGAAGGGACUCGAGGAGUGUCAGGUGGCGAGCGUCGAAGAGUUUCAAUUGGAGUGGACAUAAUUCAUGGACCAGCUCUCCUCUUCCUCGACGAACCGACUUCAGGUCUAGACUCAACAAGUGCACAGAGUGUAAUUGACAGAUUACAUGACAUAGCACGUACUGGUAGUACAGUAAUCCUUACCAUCCAUCAACCCUCGCACAGAAUCCAAAUGCUUCUGGACCAUCUCAUAAUACUCGCCCGUGGUCAAUUGAUGUACCAAGGAGCACCUAAGGAUGUCAGCUCACACCUUGGACGAAUGGGAAGAAAGGUUCCGAAAGGAGAGAACUCGAUAGAGUACUUAUUGGAUGUGAUUCAAGAAUAUGAUCAAUCCGAGAUUGGUGUUACUGCACUUGCUGAUUUCGCGAUUACUGGAAUGAAGCCACCAAAACUUUCUGAUUUAGAACUAUCAUUUUCGACGAUCAUCCAGACACCACCACAAACACCUGCACUAGAGAGGGCAGAUCAAAUGAACAAAAAUCGGAACCAACUUCAUCUGUCAAUAGACAGUAGUGUCAGCAAGAGAAGGGUAGUUAACAAUUAUGAUUGCAGUGUUAGGAGUGAACUGAAUACAUCAAGAUCAUGGUCUGCAAGCCUUACGCCUGCUCGGCUUAAAACUGAUCGAAAAAUGCAUCAUCCAACGAGUAGUUCUCCAGGGUACUAUACCUAUUCGAAUGAAAUACUGGCAGGAACUCCGACCCCUCACGACAGUGAUUACAGCCUUCACGAACACGAUUACUUCACUGAUUUCACUCCCAAGGGUCCUACUAGUUUAGCUGUGCACCACCAACUUGGACCCAAGUUUGCUAAUUCAUUCUUCGUAGAGGUAUGGAUGCUCAUGCGUCGAAACUUCACAAACAUCCGAAGAACCCCUGAGCUUUUCCUUUCACGGCAGAUGGUUCUGACAUUUAUGGGUGUCCUGAUGGCCACCAUGUUUACACACCCUAAAGAUAACUUGCAAGGAACCACUGAUCUUCUCAGUUUCUUCAUCUUCACUGUUUGCCUCUUUUUCUUCUCUUCCAAUGACGCUGUGCCUGCAUUCAUCCAAGAACGUUUCAUAUUUGUUCGCGAAAGUUCACAUAAUGCUUAUCGAGCUUCCUCUUAUGCAAUAUCUGGGCUAAUUACUUACCUUCCGUUCUUCGCUAUCCAGGCAGCAACAUAUGCUGGGAUUGUUUGGUUCGCACUGACUCUUCGCGGCCCAUUCCUGUAUUUCCUGAUUGUGCUAUAUGUUUCCCUCCUGACUACCAACUCCUUUGUCGUGUUUGUCAGCUCAGUCGUGCCCAAUUACAUUCUGGGUUAUGCUGCUGUUAUCGCGUUUACAGCUCUCUUCUUCUUGUUCUGCGGUUACUUCGUGAAUGGCAAAGAUAUUCCAUCAUAUUGGAAAUGGAUGCAUAUAAUCUCAACAAUGACAUAUCCAUAUGAAGGGUUAUUGAUGAAUGAAUUUCAGACAACUAAUGUUUUCGGGAAUGAUCUCAGCGGAGCUGCAAUCAAUGGGUUUAAGAUCUUAGAAGGGUUGGACAUAGAUUCACAUGCAUCACAGAAGUGGAAAAAGAUUUACAUAAUGCUGGGUUGGGCUGUAUUCUACAGAGUGCUAUUUUAUGUGGUCCUCCGCUUUGCAUCGAAGAACCAGAGAACAUAAAAUUCAAAGUCUGAAAAGCUCAAAUUUGCUCUUCAAGUAUCAGUUUGGUACACGGCAAAUUUCCUUUUUCAUAGUUUUAUUUGCGGAUUCCUGUUGAUACUAGUAAUAGGGAAACACAACAAAAGCAAAAAAGUAUGUGGCAUAAUCUUGCAGUGAUAAAUUGAUUAAUUUAUAGUUUCAACUCUGGUUCCAUCUAUUCUUGCUGGUCCUAUUUGUCAAAAGCAUAUUAAUGUUCCUAAAAAACGGUCGUCUUCUGAACAACAUUAAUUCAAGUUGAAGAACUAUAGACUGAAAGAAAAGUGAAAGAAGACUUAUCUGACAAGCAUAAGUUCCACCUUUUGCUGCAUCCUGUAACGGUGAUCAUUGACAGUAUCUUGAUUUCUGCAAAUGCUACUUGUAUCUUGUUGAAUCCUAAGACACUCUCGCCAACUCCCGAUAGCACUGAUAGUGCGAGCUACUGAAAGAAGAGUU